AUGACGGCCACCGCUGCAGUGGAAACCCCAAAAAUGAAGAAGAGUGCCUCCAAGGAAGAUAAGCAGCAGCCUAAGCAAGAGAACACAGAGCAGGGUAACGCUGAUUCUGAAGAAUUAUUGAGCUCUGAGAGUGACCCUGAACAGAUGAGCCUUAAAAGCAGCAGCAGUGACAACUGCCAACUUGGAGAUGUUCAGUUGAAGAAAAAGGAGAUUCCUUCUAAGCCGCACCGCCAGCUGUGUAGAUCACCCUGCCUAGAUCAUCCAAGCUUCUCCCAGAGCAGCAUUCUACAGGAUGGGAAGCUUGAUUUGGAAAAAGAAUAUCAAACCAAGAUGGAUUUUGCUUUAAAGCUGGGCUACGCAGAGGAGCAGAUUCAAUCAGUGCUGAACAAGCUGGGUCCAGAAUCGCUUAUUAAUGAUGUAUUGGCAGAGCUUGUCAGACUUGGGAACAAAGGUGAUUUGGAAGGGCAAGUCAACUUGAGUCUGUUAGUGCCUCGGGGGCCCAGCUCCAGGGAGAUUGCAAGCCCUGAACUGUCUCUUGAGGAUGAAAUAGACAACAGUGACAAUAUGAGGCCAGUUGUCAUAGAUGGAAGUAAUGUGGCAAUGAGCCAUGGGAAUAAAGAAGAGUUCUCCUGCAGAGGAAUACAGCUUGCUGUGGAUUGGUUUCUAGAUAAAGGCCAUAAAGAUAUUACUGUAUUUGUGCCUGCAUGGAGAAAGGAGCAAUCCCGCCCUGAUGCACCAAUCACAGAUCAAGAUAUCUUACGUAAACUGGAGAAGGAAAAGAUUCUUGUCUUCACACCAUCCCGAAGGGUCCAGGGCAGGAGAGUUGUUUGCUAUGAUGACCGGUUCAUAGUCAAACUGGCUUUUGAUUCUGAUGGCAUCAUUGUAUCCAACGAUAACUACCGGGACCUUCAAGUCGAAAAGCCAGAAUGGAAGAAGUUUAUAGAGGAGAGGUUGCUGAUGUAUUCUUUUGUGAAUGACAAAUUUAUGCCUCCAGAUGAUCCUUUAGGACGCCAUGGCCCAAGCCUUGAAAACUUUUUACGAAAGAGACCCAUUGUUCCUGAACACAAGAAGCAACCAUGCCCUUAUGGCAAAAAAUGCACCUACGGCCACAAGUGCAAAUACUACCAUCCGGAGCGGGCCAACCAACCGCAGCGUUCGGUGGCUGAUGAGCUCCGCAUCAGUGCCAAGCUGUCCACAGUGAAAACCAUGAGUGAAGGCACCCUGGCCAAGAGUGGUACAGGGCUGUCUAGUGCCAAAGGUGACAUAACCUCAGAAGUCAAACGUGUGGCCCCCAAGCACCAAUCGGAUCCCAGCAUCCGGUCCAUGGCUGUGGAGCCUGAGGAAUGGCUGUCCAUUGCCCGUAAACCUGAGGCCAGCUCUGUCCCCUCACUUGUGACUGCUCUAAGUGUCCCCACAAUCCCACCCCCCAAAAGCCAUGCAGUGGGUGCACUCAACACCCGUUCAGCCAGCAGCCCAGUGCCAGGAUCCUCUCAUUUCUCCCACCAGAAGUCCUCGUUGGAGCACAUGACCAGCAUGCAGUACCCCCCCAUCCUGGUUACCAAUAGCCAUGGGACCCCUAUUAGCUACACUGAGCAAUACCCAAAGUUUGAGUCCUUGGGGGACCAUGGCUACUAUUCAAUGUUAGGCGACUUCUCCAAAUUGAACAUCAACAGCAUGCAUAAUCGAGAGUACUACAUGGCUGAAGCAGAUCGAGGGUUGUAUGCCCGGAAUUCCAACCUCUGUCCUGACAAUUGUAUGAGCCACAGCAGGAAUGACAACUAUUCCUCUUACAGCAACCUGUAUUUGGCUGUAGCUGAUACUCAUCCUGAAGGCAGUUUGAAGCUGCAUCGUUCAGCAUCUCAGAACCAUCUUCAGCCUUUUCCUCAUGGUUACCAUGAAGCCUUAACGCGAGUGCAAAGCUAUGGCCCAGAGGACUCUAAGCAAGCCCCCCACAAGCAAUCAGUCCCCCACUUAGUUCUGCAUGCCCAGCACCCAACAACUGGAGCACGCUCCAGCUGUCCUGGAGACUAUCCCAUGCCUCCCAAUAUCCAUCCUGGGGCAACCCCGCAGCCAGGACGUGCCCUGGUGAUGACUCGGAUGGAUAGCAUUUCUGAUUCCCGCCUAUAUGAGAGCAACCCUAUGAGGCAAAGACGCCCUCCUCUGUGCCGGGAACAACAUGCCAGCUGGGACCCACUGCCCUGUGCAACUGACUCCUAUGGCUACCACUCCUAUCCCUUGAGUAACAGCCUCAUGCAACCAUGCUAUGAGCCAGUCAUGGUACGGAGUGUGCCUGAAAAGAUGGAGCAGCUUUGGAUGAAUCCUUGGGUUGGAAUGUGCAGUGAUUCCAGGGAGCAUAUGAUCCCAGAGCACCAGUAUCAGACCUACAAGAACCUCUGCAAUAUUUUCCCUUCAAACAUCGUCCUUGCAGUGAUGGAGAAGAAUCCCCACACAGCAGAUGCCCAGCAAUUAGCAGCCUUGAUUGUUUCUAAGCUUAGGGCUGCACGUUGA